AUCAUCAUUCUUCCUAGUUCUGUGUUUAACUGUGACGUUCUUUUUCCUUUUUCAUGCUUUUCUGCUGAUCCUGACCCACUCCAAGACUUUUGUGUUGCUGACUUGAACUCCACAAUUAUUGUCAAUGGGUACCCUUGCAAGCCGGUGUCUCAAGUUACAUCAAAUGAUUUCUUCUUUAGUGGCUUGAUUAAUGCACCGAGCACAGCGAAUCCUUUGGGGCAUGGAGUGAGAAUUGGUAAUGUUAGCACCUUCCAUGGGUUAAACACCCUUGGACUUAUGGUAAACCGGAUCGACCUCACACCUGGUGGAGUUACUCCAAUUCACAGACACCCUCGAGCAAGUGAAGCUAAUAUUGUCCUAAAAGGGAAAGUUCUUUCUGGGUUCAUAAGUGCUUCAGAUGUUUUAUAUUUAAAGGUUCAGAAAGAUGGAGAGUUGUUUAUUAUUCCUAGAGGACUUGUUCACUUUGCAACAAACGUUGGACCGCAGAAGGCUGUUUUGAUAGCUGGUUACAACAGUCAACUGCCCGGAUUUGCAUCCAUUCCCAGUAAUCUCUUUGCUUCUACCCCAACAAUUCCUAAUUAUAUUUUGGCUAAGAACUUCCGAGUUGAUGAGAAGUUCACCGCUAUCAUGAAGUCUAAGUUUUCUCCGACUGGUUCUUUAGCUAUUGCAAAUGGGGAUGAUAUAUAGGUCUCUCUAGUGUGUGCAUUUCCAGUACUCUUUUUAAAUAAUCUGUGGAAUGCUCGACUAAAUUUUCAAUCGAAGAUUCAAUGAUAAAGCCAACUA